AUGAGAUUAAUUAACACGUCUGCUGUAUGCUAUGAAAACGUCACCGAUGAACAAAAAGCUUGUCUGUUCCAGAAGAAAAAGGAAGUACAAGAAAUGAUUUCUCAAAAAAUGAAAGUAUUAAAUACAGUUAUGGACAAAAUGUUAGCUGUGUGUAAUGUCAGUGAGAGCCAGACCCAAGAAAUUUUCAAAUGCAUUUCACCAAAACGCGCUGAACUCGAGAAGAUGAUGCCACAACUACUCAACAACAUGGACAUUGCGGAGCCUGUAUGGAACUUAAUGGAAGACAUGAAACGCUGUUUUGAUAGUAAACCAGAGAUUGUAAAAUGCAUUGAAGGAAAGAGUAAAUAUUUCAUGUCAAAAUUUGGAGAAAAUAAAAAGGAAGUUUCAAAGAGCGAAGUUGUUCAAAGACUAAAAAUGAUGCUACCGAAUUGCAAUAUCAGCAUUACCACAAACAAAGAUCUCUAUGAAUGUCUGAAACCAUUAGAGCAAGAACUUAUAGCUGUUAUUUACAGAACAGAUAUGAAUAUGAUGACGAAAUUAGAAGAAUUAGAGAUGAUGCAUAUUUCUGGCGCACUGUGUAUGUUGCAUAGCGAUGAAGAAACAAUGACGUGCUUAGCGAAACAAGGUACACCUUUGAAAGAUGCAAUGAUUCAGGUGUUUCAGAAAAAAACAUCUAAGUUCGACCCGAAUAGCGCCAUGGCGAAUAUGGAUGCUAUGUUGGGCGGAUGUAACAUAACAAGAGAAAAAACACCCAAUCUCAUGAGUUGCCUGGACAAAAUAACAAAAGUUGUCAUGGAAAUUAAACCGUGGCUUCCUAUGAACAAUGAAGUGUAA